AUGCUCUCAACUCUCCCCAGGGAGAUCCUGCUGCUUAUCGCUGGCUAUAUUGAAGCACAGCGAGACACCAUCAAUCUCGCCCGUUGCUGCCGCUUAUUGCAAUCUCUCCUCCAACCCACAAUCUUUAGAUCCCCGAAGCUGAGACACAAUGGCGUCCGCUCCCUCAGCCGUCUAACCAACUUGCUGAUUCCAAAACCCAAACUGGCUCAGCAUGUCCGUUCCUUAUCUAUUCGGUCUGGAGUCUAUAGCCGGCACGGGGGCUGGACAGUUCGGUAUGAGCCUGACACGAUCUCUCCCGUCGUGAAGGAGAUGGCAGAGUCAGAAAGAGAGGCAUCCCUCUGGAAAGCGCACUUGCAAAGAGGACUAUGGGAAGAUCCCUGGCUAGCGCUUCUGUUGCCAUUCCUGCCUAAUCUUGAGGAGCUCGAGGUCGAGGUUUACAGCGGUGCGCUAAGUUAUACAUCAAUGAUGGUGGGACGGGCAUCGCAGAUGAAGAAGCCGUUCAGCGCGGAAAUGGCUCUAUCCCGACUCAAGCGGGUGAGUAUUGUGCGGUGGGAUGAUCAGGAGGGGAUUGGUGCAGGCAUUGAAGCAGAAAAAUUGUUGCCGUUCUUCCGGAUCCCUUCUCUACGCAACUUCACUGGCGAAGUCAUUACGGACGGAAGUGACGAAUACGAAAAGAAGAAAGUCGGCCAGAAAAGGCUGGGUUUCUCAAAUGUCACGCAUAUAAACUUCUUCAACAGCAGUUCAGGGAGCGGAUUUCGUGACUUGAUCAGGGCGUGUGCGGGACUCGAGUCGUUCGUCUACACUCAUUCAGAUGAAAGCGUCAAUGGGCAUUACGGGUAUGAUGAGUUCGGCGACGAGUAUGGGCCAAUGCCUUUCAACCCUCCGGCCCUCCAUAAGCAUCUCUGCAGACACAAAACCACUCUCCAAAACCUAGUGCUUGGUUACAACAGUUUCAGUCUAAGGCACUAUGGCCCACAUACUGAGGCAUUUUUUGGUUCUUUGAAGGACUUUAACGCCCUUAAAAAGCUUGAUCUUUCAGUCUACAACAUCAUCAACUGGAAAUACGAUGAGGAUGAAAGGAAAUACGAGGCCGUAAACCAUAUCAUGGAUGUCCUGCCCGCUUCACUGCAGGAGCUCACCGUGGGAGACUUGUCCUUUUACAAUCAUAUCGAGGUACUGUACGGAAUAACAGAGCAGGCAACGGAUGUCGUGCACCAAAAGGACGAAACAGCGUUUUCGAAGUUGUCUAAGCUUGAAUUCAGGGGUUCUUUCCGCUCCGGGGGAUGGGCAACAACCCCAGGCGAGGAGCAGCUGCCGCUCAAACCCGAGAUCACCAGCAUGACAGCUGAGCUGCACUCGCUGUGCCCAACAAAGGGCGUUGACUUUCGCCUACAUCACGGACCGGGUCCGUAA